AUGAUCUUAAAUACCAUCAUUGACAAGAAAAUAGCUACAAGUAUGCCGGGAUUCAGGAGGAAGUCCAGCGAUCAAGCAUGCUUGCCAUUUCGAGGUCAUCACUCCAGACGGGCUAGUUUGAACACCUUAACGAGGCGAGAUCGAAACAGGUCUGAUCCUUCGUUAAACAACUCGUGUGAGAUCCUGUCGAUCCGAGAAGACAGUGCAUCCGUGAGUAAUGCGUCAUCGAAAGGCUCCGAAAAGGCGAACGAGAAAAUCGCUGCCAAAUUCUACCCGGAAGCACUUGGCAGUUCGAGUUACAUCGAACGAAAUGGUCGACUCAGUCUCACCGUAGUUGUGCAGACCGUCAAUCAGGUGAUGGAGCGGAAUGGAGUCGUGAGAUUAUGCGAGCUAGCUCUGAACAUCGCCGAAACCCUGCUUCGGAUACCAAUCGAUCAAAGCGAAGCGUUGUUUUCCCAAUUGACGAUCAUGAUUUUCAGGAUCUACCUCUCCCUCGGUUGCCCUCACGGCUGUAACGAAGGCGUGAAAAGUCAACAAGGGGAUUUUCUUCGGGUCAAAGCAAAAACACUUUUAGCUCAACUAGAGAAAUUACAACAGGUUAGUUCGAUGACCUUUACAGCCUAUGGGAAUACUUGCUCAACUUUAUCGGUUGUUGCUUUUUGGUUAGGAGUUGCUACUUGA